AUGAAAGUCAGCCAGCUCUAUGUCUACCCUAUUAAAUCCCUCCGACCAACAACAAUCACAGAGGGAUUGUUCACGGCACGCGGCUUUCAAUAUGACCGCCACUUCAUGCUCCUCAAAGUCAUCCCAACCGAGGAUGGCUCCGGCACCACAGCCUUGAAAAACAUGCAUAUCCCGCACUUCCCAGAGAUGGCCCUCUUCCACACCGAUAUCGAGUAUCCGCAGACAGAAAAGGACAGCGGGAAACUAAUUAUAACAUACCACCCUCCUCUGUCGGACUCAGCUCCCAAACCCCGCGAAAUCACCCGACUAGAAAUCCCACUCCAGCCCAAUCCGAAAAGGCUCAGCCCUGUCAAGGUCGUAAUGCACCAGAGCCCAACAACAGGAUACAACAUGGGCGCAGACUAUAACGACUGGUUUAGCGCCUGCUUCGGGUACCCCGUAGUUUUAGCCUACAUUGGAUCGCAUUCGAGAGAGGUGCUUGGCACACUCGCGCCAGCACAGCAAGACAAAAAGACGGCGCUGGGCACAAUACGCAAAAGCCUAACCAGACCCGACAGGAAAUGGGAACGGUUUCUCCCGAUUUUCAUUGUAGCAUCCGCGAUCAACAUCCUUCUUCAGAGCGGUACUCUCGUUCGCGACGGGACAACUCCCCAAGCAGCUCGCAGUCUGACGCCCACGCUCCUUUUCACUGCUAGUGUGGUGGUGCUAGUGCUACAUCACUUCUGCACUCUGCAUGCGCAGCACGAGAACCGCAUUACCUUCGCCGACUGCGCCCCUUAUCUGGUCAUUUCCGAGACAUCCGUGGAUAAUGUCUCAGCGCGGCUGCCGGACGGGGAAAUUAUGGACCGCACGAAGUUCCGGCCUAAUAUCGUUGUUUCGGGGGCUGCGGAGGCUUUCGAAGAGGACUUUUGGCGUGCGCUGACCGUGGGCGCUGGAUCAGGGCGUGGGGCGACUAGGCUGUUGCUAACGGGGAAUUGUGUACGCUGUCAAAGCCUUAAUGUUGAUUACGAGACUGGGAAGAUGGGGACUGGUGAGUCUGGUGCUGUGCUUAAGAAGUUGAUGAAGGAUCGCAGGGUAGAUUCUGGGGCGAAGUUUAGUCCCGUCUUUGGUAGGUAUGCUUUCUUGGAGCCAAAGGGCAAGGGGAUUAUUCUGAGGGUUGGGGAUGAGGUUACGGUUGCCGAGAAGGGAACUAGGAGGUCUAUUACUGAUUGGCCUGGCCUGACAAAUUGA